UGCAUAGGCAUUUCCAAAUUACAAUGGAGAAAAUUUCGUUGGCCAACCUGGAUACUAAUAAACAGGAGGCCAUCGCUCAGGACAUAUACGUAGACCUCAUGGAGGACUCUUGCCUGGGAUUCUGCUUUGAGGUGCACCAGGCAGUGAAACGUAGCUACUUCUACCUGAAAUUCACAGAAACUGGUAGCGUGAAGGAUUUUGCCUGUCAACCAGUGGAAGACAAAAAAGUGUGCCAUCUCCCGCUCUGCUUGCUUCUUGGAGAACCAGGAAACUGCUGA